CAUGUAAACAUGUUCUAGUAGAAACACAAAAUACAAGUAUGAACCUGAAAAUGAGCAUGAUAUGGGACCUUUAAUGCACCACUCAGUGACCAGCAGAGUGUCUGUGAGGAGGAUGCUGAGGAGAGAUGAAGAUGCUGAGAGAUGAAGAUGCUGAGAGAUGAAGAUGCUGAGAGAUGAAGAUGCUGAGAGAUGAUGCUCUGAGUGUCUGUGAGGAUGCUGAGAGAUGAUGAUGCUGAGACAUGAUGCUGCUCUGAUCUCUCUCUUCUUUCUCGCGCGCACGCCUGCCGGUGCAGAGAUGCGCAUGUGACGACAAAAGCAAAACGCAGGAGCCGGUUUCUCUCUGACACACACACACACACUCUGCCAUCAAGACACAGAGAAGAUCUACCUCUGCAGGCGUCAUUUACAGGCUGGUCAGACCUGAAUAAACCAGGUCUGCUCGGAUUGAACUGCACGGAGUGCCGGCUCUGGCCCAGGCUGCAGCCAUGCCUCUACUGGAAGAGACCACUUUGCCACAAGAGCACCCACCCACUGUCCCUGUGGUCAUCAUAGGCAACGGCCCAUCAGGUAUUUGUCUGUCCUACCUGCUGAGUGGACACAAGCCCUACCUAGAUACAACAACUGUCCACCCAAACCCAAUACUAUACAGGAAACUGCAGGAGACCAAGCACCUAUCCAUCACUGAACAGGAUCUGGAAUAUUUGAGUGAAGGCCUUGAGGGGAGGUCAAGGAACCCUGUGGCUGUGCUUUUUGACACACUUCUGCACCCCAAUGCGGACUUUGGCUACGAGUUCCCCCCUGUCCUUCAGUGGAGGAGGGACAAGCAGCAACACAUCCCCCAUCUGGUGCUGGGGAGGGCAACGCCUGGAGGUGCUUGGCAUGCAAUGGAAGGCUCAAUGCUGACUAUUAGUCUUGGCAUCUGGAUGGAGCUUCCCGGGGUUAACUACAGGGACUUGACCAACGGGAAACGCAGGGAUGCAACCAGUGACAGAGCAACCCCAGAGGAGAUCUCAUCCUAUUACCGUAACUAUGUGAAGCUAAAGGGCCUCCAAAAGAAUUUUGUUGACAACACCUACGUGACCUCUGUCCAGAAACUCUGCCGGGGGCACGAGGGGGAAGGUCUGGAAAAUGGGCACACUGAUCAAGGAGAUGGAGGGGUGGGAGAUGGUGGGAAUGAAGGCUUUAAGGGAAAUGGAGUUGAGUGUCUAAACAAUGGGGGCGGCGGGGCUCUCUGGGAAGUAAGGGGGUACCAGCAGGUGCAGAACGACACUCAUGUCCCAUUCUCUCUGUUUGCUGAGAAUGUGGUUCUGGCCACCGGUGCGUCCGAUUCGCCGGUGCGAUUAGGCGCAGAGGGGGAGGACCUACCAUUUGUAUUCCACAGCAUAUCAGACCUGGGUUUGGCUGUAAGCCGGAGAAAACUGGAUAUGAACUCUGAUCCGGUUUUAAUCGUAGGUGCCGGUUUAAGUGCUGCAGAUGCAGUUCUGUGCGCUUGUAGCAGCAACAUCAGAGUGCUGCAUGUCUUUCGUAAGAGCGUAGACGACCCAGACCUCAUCUUCAAACAGCUGCCCAAGACCCUCUACCCAGAGUACCACAAAGUCUACAACAUGAUGUCCUCUCAGACCUACACAAACGUGGCUCCCUCCUCUGCUUCAAACAGACCCCAGGCAGCAAGUAUUGCCUCUUCAGUAUGUGCCAAGAUGUGCCCAAAGCCCCAACUCGCCGCAGGUAACAUGGCAGGUAAUGCCAGUGUCGGCCUGUUUCCUGACUACACCAGUUUCCCCGAACACUGCGUGGUGUCCUUCCAGUCAGACAUGAAGUGUUUGCUGCAGGGGAACAACUCCCUCAAGGCAUUCAAGAUCUCCAUGGCCCUAGUGCUGAUCGGGACCAACCCAAACUUGUUUUUCUUGAAGGGGCAGGGCCAGUACCUGGGUCAGGAUCCAACAAGACCCAUCUCCUGCACGCAGAACCCCAUUGACAUCCACCCCUACACUUUUGAGUGUGCCAAUGAGCCAGGUCUGUUUGCCAUGGGCCCGCUGGUGGGAGACAACUUUGUUCGCUUUUUGAAGGGUGGCGCUUUAGGCAUCGCCUCGUGUCUGCUGAAGAGACUCAAGAAGAAAGGGAAGCUCAUCAGCAACGGAGUGAAUAACUUCAUUUGAGAGCAUGAUGGAGAAAAGAGCAACACGUUGGCCGUAGGGUACAGAUUUCAAGCGCUCUUACCCACUGAUGUGAACAGUGAAGGGGUAAACAAGAGUUUUUCAUAUAUUUUAAUCAUUAGGCAGUGUUUUCUCUCAUCAAAGCUAAGGCAUUUUUACAACUUUCUGAGACCAAAAAGACAAUGGAUGUACACUAAUUAGUUUCUGAAGAAACAAAAGACAGCUUUCAAGAGUCUUGUCUGACUUCAUAAGAAGUCCCCAGAAGUCCAAGCUACCAUGUGCCAAUAUUUUCUAGUCAAUCUGUAACCUCACAACUGAAUAUUUUCAUCAGGGUUAUUUAUUCGUUCACCAUGUGUCUUUCAAUCCAUUUACUAACAACAGUGAAAUUGCUGUCGUAUCACACUUUAAGUCUCAUUUGAGCUUUUUAUGCUCAAAAGUAGAGGCCACUGCGCUCAUUCUCCAUGCAACUGUGUAAAUGACGGACACGUGCAGAGCAAUCUGUGGUCCCGCUUACAACGUUACGAUCAUCUGAACUCUAAGACAACCUGGAGUGGUGAGUGUUUGCAAUAGUGGACACACACAAGAUUUAUCUCCGAACGUGUAACCCAACAAGUUCAUGGCUAAGCAAUCUUAAUGUUCCUGAUUAUUCUGAGCCAACCAUUUUUUAACUUCAGAGGAUUCUUUGUUUAGCUGCUAUUGUAGGUAGUUGGAGCCAUAUAUACCUAAAUAAAUCUGAACUGUUGCUUUGGUUGCUGCUGACAGACUUUCUAUGCAAAUAAUUUCACUUGCAGAUCUGAAUGUAUUCUUGGACGCCGAUUGCCAAUUCCACUGUUUGGAUUCAAGCAU